AUGCAAUUAUGGUUACUUAUAACGUGUAUCGUAGCAUGUGGAAUUUUGAGCGCUCUUUUUUCGGGCUUGUCCCUCGGAAUAAUGAUGCUGGAUACGCUUCAACUAAACUUGUUAAUAUUAGUAUCUGAAAAGAACAAAAAAGAAUUAAGUAAUGCAAAGAAUGCAAGGAAGAUACUUCCCUUACGAAAUAAUACAAACGAAAUAUUAGUUACAUUCAUUACAGCAAAUGUUAUGGUAAAUUCAGCCUUUAGUUUACUCUUAGGGGAAUUAACUGAUGGAUUUACAUCUUUUAUUGUAUCUACGUUAAUUAUUACAAUAUUUGGGGAAAUAAUACCUCAAUCCGUAUGUUCAAAACAUGGUUUAGCUAUCGGAGGGUUCUUUGCUCCACUUAUUCAUUGUUUGAAGUUUUGCCUUUACAUUUUUGCUAAACCCACUAGUUUGAUUUUAGAUCGUUUUGUAGGAAAGAAUGUGCUUAACACCUAUGACAAGAAGCAGCUGAAAGCCCUGGUGGAUGUGCAUAAAAGUGCAGCGGGCAUACUAAACGAAGAUGAAGCAAAGAUUGUUGUAAGUGCACUAGAGUUAUCCCAAUACAAAGUGAUACAUAUUAUGACUGAUAUAGAUUAUGUGUUUGGAAUUGAUUAUAAUAGUUUUAUAAAUUACCAUACGAUAAAGAAAAUUUUGAAAAGUGGGUUUUCAAGAAUACCUGUGCUUAAUAGAAACAUAUCUGAGUGUGUUGUAGGUCUUAUACAUAUUAAAGAUUUAAUAAACAUAUGGUUUGGAAUUAACAAAAUAAUCUUUGAUACUAAUUCUUUAGUACAAUGCAGAAAAAGAAAAGAUAAAAAUAAACACAUGUAUUAUAGAAAAGGAACAGGCUCUGGUAUAUUUCACAUGAUAAAACUGAAAUCAAAGAAAAUUAGAAUAGCAAAUAAAAUAUGCUCCUAUGAUGAUAAAGAAAUGCAGAGUCGAUCUGCACUGGGUAAAGAAACACCAAAAGAGAAUCAAUGGAAGAAGCAGAAACCGGAUGAGGAUAAAAGUAUGAAUGAUAAAUAUUUCCAUGUUUUAAGUAAUUACAAUGGUAAGAAAAGGAACGGAACCUAUGAUACAAAUACGGAAGAAAAUGAUAGUGACCUAGACAGUACGAUUGGCAAAGAUGAUGAUAAAGAUAUAGAAAGGGAUAAUCAUGUGGUCAAUAUGAAAGAGAAGAGCAAGACAGGAAAUUCUAAAGGAAGUGCCGUUAUGAGAAAUACUAAUAAGAACAGAUCUAUUUACAACGAUAAGGGAGUCGACGAGAAUAUGGACAAAACGAAACAUUCUGAUACGGACAGUGAAAGAGGGGCCCCUGAAAAUUCGGACCAAGAAAAUGUAAAAAUAAGCAUCGAACAGAUGGGCAAAGAUAAAGGGGGGGUAGUGCAAAAAAAAAAAAUAAAUAGCAAAAAUUGCAAAAAUAGGAACAGUAGUAACAGCAGCAACAGUAGCAACAACAGCAACGACGGCUAUAUUAAUGGUAAAAAAAAAAAAAAAAAGAGAGUGAAAAUUAACGUAGGGGACGAGAAGACGACCAGCAAUAAUUACUACAGCGCAGGUGAUAGAAAAUUGCGGAGAGACGAUGAAAAAACAAAUGAAAUAGUAAACCCCUCGAAGUUAAGGGAAAAAAAAAGAAAAAAAAUUAAAAAGUCGUACAAAAACCCGUAUGCUUCUAAAAAUAAAAAUGUGGAUUUCGUCGAGUUUCUUUCAGAUCAGAUGAUGGAUAGUGACAAUGAUAACUCGUCCAGUUUAAACGAACAGCUAGUGUUCAUGGAUGUGAAGAAAAAGAUAAGGAUGUACAACAAGAUUAACAAAAGUGGACACAGAAUAAGGCGGUCGUUUAAGGACCAGGGUAGUAGCAGAGACAAAAGAGGCAAUAGUAACGGCAACAGUAGUAGCUGCUCCAGUGGUAAUGAACCAUGUGAGCAGAGGGAGAGAAUGGAAUCCAAGAAGCAGGGGUAUGUACCCCCUGCCAGCAUUAUGCACCUGGACUUGAACAACAGUCGAAGCAGGUAUGGUACCGAGAGCGUAAUGAUAAAAGAAAAUUUAAAUAAAGAGAAAAAUAUGGAACUUAUAUUCUUAGAUAUUAAAAAUUAUAUUAGGGUUACUAGACAUAAAGACAUAGAAAUACCAGUGAAGUAUAUAUUGAAACACAUUGGUAGGUAUGUAUAUGGAGUAGACUAUGAUGAAAGUAUUCUUUCUCUUUUAAGUUUUUUCAAAAGUGCAAACAACCAUAUUGUUGUAGUUAGAAAGGUUAUGUAUAAUGAAAAUACAGAUCCUACUUACUCUCAUAUUGGCAUUAUUACGUUAGAGGAUGUUAUUGAAAUGUUAUUACAAGAAGAAAUCUCAGAUGAAUUCGAUUUUAGAAAUCUAAAAAAAUUUGUUGACAUACCUUCAAAUUUUGUGUGGAAUAAUUCAAACGAACGUAUGAAAAAGAUAAAUGUUGAUCAGGGAAAAAAGAAUUUUCAAGGAAUAGAUAAGAAGAGGAAACAUAGCUCAAGUAAGGAUCGAAUGGUUGAUAUAAAGAAAGGCACAGUGAUAGAUAAGCAUGUUACUAUCAAUGAAGGGGUGUUAGAAAGAGGAAGCGAUAAGGUGGAUCAUGACAAGGGUAGGAUAGAGGCAUCAUGUAAGGUAGCAGAUAAAACGGCUGAUAGAGGUAAUAUCAAGACUGUCUAUACUCCGAAUGAUGCACUAGUCAUCCACAUGAACGAGCAAAAAAUAAGGAAAAAGUCAACAAUGCUUAGUUACCAAAGGGAAGUCAUUAACUUCCUGAAGGAAAAUGUUUAUUUCAAAUAUAUAGAUACCCAGUUGAUAAGCAAAUGUAUUCAAAAAAAAAAAAUUAAAACAUUAACAAAGGACGAAUAUCUACUAAAAGAAAACACAUUUUUAAAUUAUGCUAUAAUUUUAAUGAAGGGAAAAGUAAGAAAUGUAAAAAAUGAUAAAAAUAUCUUAGGAGGAAAGUGCAUCAUUGGGUUGGAAGCCUUAGGGCCUUGUAAUAUUAUUGAACUCUUUAACGGCACAAUUGAAAAAAGAAUAAACGUUAUAAAGAAGUAUGAAGAAGAAAAAAAAAAAAAAAAAAAAAGAUCAUUGUUUUUUAGGAGGAAAGAUUCAGAUGAUCAAAGUAAUCCAAAAAAUAAUACGUGGACUUUCCUAAAGAAAUCAAAAAAAGAGAAAAAUAAAAAAAACAUAUACCCAGCUGGUCAGACUACGGUUGCAGAUACGACGACGGAGGCAGCUACUACGACUGCCAACACUGCUUCUACUUCUACCGCUACUACAAAUAAACCCCAAACCAUCGUUAUUCAAAAAAACAUCAAUAUCUUGUUUAAAAAAUGGUACACGCAGCAUGUGUACUUCAACAAGUGCGCCUAUGUGGCAGAUACUGCCUGUGAAUACAUGAUUUUGUCAAAAAACGAGUAUAUGGACAUGAUUAUAGAAUGCUACAACAACGAAGUUGACGAGAUCAUUGGAGAUAAUUAA